AUGCCCGAUUCUUUAAAUACUCGUCCCGUCUCGACCCCGGGAAAGGUCAAGCUGGCCCUCCGAUUCUUUCCAAUGCGGCAGUGGGGCUCCCCGGCCAUCACCAGCGUCUGCUGGCUAAUCCGACCGUCUGCGGCGGGCGGCCCCUACGAGAUCUCCCGUACGCCUCGGAAGCGUCUGGGGGCUAUGAUGUGA